AUGUCGUUGCGAGGCACAAAGCGGGCUUGUGGGGUCCGCGGAGACGAGGCAGGCACAUCAAAGCGCCGUAGAGCAUCUGAGGAUGCACUUUGGCAGCUUCGCCCAGUUAGUGACCUCAAGAUGUCAUCCAUUUAUAAUAGAAAUGCCUCUGAGGCACCUGCCGAACUAUUCAGGAAAGAUUUCAUAUCAAUGAUGAAAUUAGCCGAUUCAGAGCCAUUAACACCAAGUGACUAUUGGGUCAUCACAGACACAUGGAAACAAGACUGGGAGAGAGGAGUCCAGGUUCCUGUUAAUCCAGACUCCCUGCCUGCACCUAAAGUUAAAAUCAUCAAAAAUCCAAGACCACCUAACUUUGAGGAAUUCAAAUUACCUAAGGAUAAAUACAUUCAUCUUAGUAGAGACGCUCACUAUCAAUCAGACAAACAUGUACUGAGUACUACACCAACACAAGCCGAGUCUGCUUGUAGUUAUGAUCUUGAUGCCGCCGAUACAGCAUGGCUCAAGUUACUGAACGCAGAGCGUGCCAGAGCCGGUGCUGCAGCUAUUGUCGAGGACCAGCUUGAGAAAGUCAUAGAAGAACUAGAGGUUCGGACAUGGGAAAAAAUACAGUCAAUUAUAAAAUCUGAAGAAGGUUUAGGUUUAGAAUAUGACGAGAAUGUCAUAUGUGAUGUUUGUCGAUCUCCAGAUUCAGAAGAUGGUAAUGAGAUGGUGUUUUGUGAUGAAUGUAAUAUUUGUGUGCAUCAGGCCUGUUAUGGCAUAACAGUUAUUCCAGAAGGGCAAUGGUUAUGUCGCCCAUGUAGAGCUGGUGUCAAACCAAAUUGUGUAUUAUGUCCAAAUGUCAGUGGAGCUAUGAAGUGUACACCUUCUGGACAUAAAUGGGCGCAUGUUAGUUGUGUCUUGUGGAUCCCUGAAGUUUCUAUUGGUUGUGCAGAAAAAAUGGAGCCUAUUACUAAAAUAGGUUCUAUUCCUCAGUCUAGAUGGUCUUUAGUUUGUGUGUUGUGUCGUGAACGUAAAGGGGCGUGUAUUCAAUGCUCAGUAAAAACUUGUAAAACAGCUUAUCAUGUUACUUGUGCAUUUAAACAUGGACUAGAAAUGCGUGCAAUUAUUGAAGAUGAAAAUGCUGAUGAUGGUGUCAAAUUAAGAUCUUACUGUCAAAAACAUAGUGUUAAUUCUAAAAAAGAGAAAUGUCCUGGUUCUGGUGAAGAAGAAGAAGAAGCUAAACGAAAGCGUCGUAAAGAUAUGACUUCAGAAGAGAAAAAUCAAGCUAGAGCAGCUCGUUUACAGGAAAUAGAAGCAGAGUUUGAUGAACAUAUUGGUAUAAAUGACAUUAGUUCACAUCUGGAUGUCGAUCAAGAUGCUAUUAGCUAUAUAUACAAUUACUGGAAAUUAAAGAGGAGAGGUGGCCACAACAGGCCAUUGCUUCCACCAAAAUCAGAUAACAAUGAAUUACUCAGCCAUAGACAAGAACAAGCUGAUAUUGAAAAAAUGAAAAAGUUUGUCCAACUUAGACAAGACCUUGAGAGGGUGAGAAACUUAUGCUACAUGGUAAGCAGAAGAGAAAAGCUUUCAAGAUCAUACUUCCGAAUGCGUGAACAGACGUUUCACAAACAAAUAGCUGUUUUAUCUGCAGAUGCUACUAUUUCUCAACCAGAAUUAGCAGCAAUAAUUGAGGCUAAUCAUGGUCCUUCUAUAUAUGACCGAUUAUACUCUGGUCCUGAUGCUCCUGACCACGAAAACGAUUUUGAUGAACUCCUUGCACGAAUAGCACCACAAGAAUCAAGUGAUGAUAAAAAGAGAGAUCGUAAUGGUAUGGUUAGGGGCUCCAAAUCGUCUAAUCCAUAUAAGAAAUUGUAUGUUAAUGGUUCACGAAGAGGUGGUGUAUAUGCUGGUCUUUCAAGUGAAGAAAGUGGUGCAGAGAUUGGACGUUCUUCCAAAUAUCGCGGUAGAGCUAUUGGUUCUAGUACAGAUGAGGAUAUGAAAAAAGGUUCUGCAAAGAAAAAGGUAUCGCCUAAAGGAAAAAAUAAAAAGUCGCCCAAAAAGAAUGAUCAAAAGAAAAAGAAAGCUCCACAAUCUAAAGCUAUUGUUGAUAGUAGUUCAGAAGAUGAUAAAAUAAAGUCAAAAUUAAAGAAUGAUCAAAUACGAAGUAAAACUCUUCAACAAAUGGAAAAGGAAAUGGCUGCUGGCAGAGGUGAUUCUGCUUCAGAUAGUGAUGAAUUAAUUCCAAUCAGAUCUACACGAAAUAAUAAAUUCCCAGUAGAUAUUUAUUCUGACAGUAGUGAAAGUAUGUCUAAAGAAAGUAAAGUCAAAGUAGAUAAAUCUCCAACUGAAAAUGAUUCAAUGCAAUCAUUGCCUAGAACAAAAGCAGCCAUGAAAGAAUUUAUUCCAAGCCAGCCAGAAAAGAAAUCAACUAAUUCAGAAACUGAUAAUAAACCAUCGCCUAAGAAGAGAGGAAGAAAGCAAGGGAGUAAAGAAAAGAAAGGGACAAAUAAAUCUGUUUCUGAUGAUGAAGCAAAAGAUAAAGAAAAUAUAAAGUUUGCUAAACAGAAGGAUAAUCCUACUGAUUUAAUUGUUCCACAACGUCAAGCUGCUAAGAAGGCAUCGGAGAAUAUGAGGUCAACUACUGUUACAAAGAAAGAAGAUACUUGCAUAGACAAACAAGUAAGUGGAGAUGAUUCCAAAAAUAAACAAAAAGUUAAAGCUAAAGAAAAAGAAAUAAAAGACACUCAACCUGCUAAAAUUAGUAGGAAGAAGUCAUCUAAAGAUCAAAUGGAAACUAUUGCUUAUGUCCCACAAAGACAAGCUGCUAAGAAAGCAGCAGCUCAUAUUAAAAGUGGUCUUGGAUCGAAAGUACCGACGGUAGAAGCGGAAAAUGACAAAAAGAAAGAUAAUGAUAAAUUAAGCUCAUUGAAAUCACCUAAAAAGGAAGAAUCAAAGUCUUCGAAAGUUAUGAAAGAAAUAAGCUCAAGCUCAACAUCAAAUUCUAGUAGUUCUAGUUAUUCAUCUUCCUCAAGUUCUGAUGAAAUCCAAGAAAAACCUAGUAUAAAACCUACUGCUAAAGCUCGUGAAAUAAAACCAUUUCCGCGACAACCGUCAGUAUUUUCGCCGCCCGGGUCUAGACCGACAGUCGAUUUGCCCUUUCUCGACAAGGUGUCAAAACCCCUGUCGUCAACUAGCGCCUCUAGUGAUUCCGAUAGUUCCAAAGGAUCGAGAUACUCAAUUACAAGGCCACGCAGACGUAGAAAGAACAGAGUCGCAACAGAUGAGCCCCCAAACAAGACCCCAGACAAGAAGCUUAAAACUUCCGAACGGAGGUCUGAGUGUGGGGCCUUAUCGCCGGCUCUUGAAGGAGAGGAAUCGUGUCGACCAAUGGUCGCGGUUCCUACCGCGCGUGCUCGGACCAGAAGCACUACUACAAGCGGAAAUUUGUCUGAUAAGUCUGAUUCCAGAGCAAGAAAAUCGUCUGAAGACUUCGAAUAUACCUCUCCAAAACAGAAAGAGACUUCCAAGUCCGUUGAAUCUGCACCUUCGGAACGGAAAAAGGACGAGGCGAUAAUUGAAGAUAUAAAAGAAAAACUUAUUACAGAUACCAUUAAAGAUGAGCAUAUAGAAUGUAAAGAAACCGUAGAUGACAAGAUUGAUAAAGUAUUGAGUCCCGAGCUGAAACCUCCUAAAGAAGAAGUAAAAGAGGAGAUUAAUUCUGGCGAAAAUAAAGAUUUUGCUGUUGAAACCGAAGAAAAGAAAAAUGACACUGUAACAGAGGGCGUUAAUUUGUCUCCAAUCAAAGAGAAUAAAGACAAUUCAGACGACGAACCAAUCAGCAGACACGAAAAUUGGUUAUCACAAGCACCAAGUCCCCAUGUACAUCCUCCACCUGUGGAAAAACCAGGAGAUCAUGAAAAAUAUAUGACAGAAGAUAAAUCUUUAGAUGCUGACUUUACUGACAGAAGCAGUAUCAGAAUGAUAGCUAAAAUUCAAGCAAAUCUCAAUGAAAAUAUGAUGAUAAAAUCACCUAAAACUCCAAUGGAUGCAAGGACUCUUACAAUUGACUAUAUAGAUGUCGAAAACCCAUUAACAAGAGGAAACAGAAAACGCCCAGUGGAUAAGAAAUUUAUUACCCAAGAUUCUACGCACGUUCAAGGUGUUGAAAUUUCAAAAAGCGCCAAAAUUCCAUCUACUUUAAAUCCAUUUCCAAAUAGAAAUGUGUUUUCACCACAACCUAGAGAUAAUGAUCAUUAUGAGAUUGAAGUUUUUCCAUCUUAUUCAGAAUUUAUUUUUAAAGAAGAUUCUAAAGAACAAGGUGCCCAAGAAACACUUAAUUUAGUUGAUAGACUGAGAAUGCAAUUAAGCUCAAAAAAAGUGCAGCCUGAAAAUUUCGUGUCUGAAGAUGGCUUUACUAACGAUAACAAAGAAAUAGAUAUUGAACUGAUGGGUUCAGGUAUCCAGACACCUAAAAGCGAUCCUGUAAGUCCAAAAGAUGGCUCAGUAAUAUCAAUUAUUGAUGAGGAGAAGCCUUCUGAAAAAGACUUAGAAACAUUCAAUAAUAUUUCCACCCAAAACGAAGUUCUUGACCACUUCAAUCACACAUCCCAUAAGAAACCUCAGGCAUUACUUUCGAACUCUCCUUCACAUUAUCAAAGCAAGCACCAUAUUCUUAACAUAAGCAAAGAAAAAGAUAUGCAAGAACCUAUGCUUCUUAAUGAGUCCAUGGAGCAAAAUGACAAGAAAUUUGAUGAUUCAGCCUCAUUCACAGAUGACAUAAAAGAGCCCUCUAUAGCUCAGUCUGAUGUUCACUCUAUAUCGGAAGUAGGUGAUUCCAUUUCAAUAUCUAAACAAAGUGACGACUCUCAAUCCUUAUCUGUCGUCGACCAUUCAAUUGACAACGAUUUAACACAAGAUAAUCAGGCCUAUGAUAACAAUAACUCUGUUAUACAUUCUGAUUGUGCCACAGUCUCAUCUCCAUAUAUAAAUCAUGAAUCGAAAUGGCAAGAGAGCAAGAUAACAACUAGAAGAUCAUCAGCCUCGAGCACAAAUUCUGAAGCGUCUGUUACUUCUCAGAAGACUAUUUUACGAAUAGCACCAUGCGAUGCCCAUCAAUCUGGUGUAAUCCCAGAAAUAGAACCCUAUCCACCUAUACCACCUUAUUCACAUCAUGUUGAUCCAGCGUUGUCUUUAAAUCAGUAUACAAAUUUUCCACAGAACGCGUCGCCAUACUUAGGGCCUAUGACAUUACCUCUAUAUCCACCCGGAGCAUGCCCAACAUCACAGCUAUCGUUGCCUUCAACGGCUCCAGGUCUAUAUGUCCCCAGUUUAUCUUAUUCAGCUUCUCCGUUGAUGCCGUCUUUGCCAAAACCAAUCUUUUCCAAUAUAUGUGCUGCAUUUACAUCAUCUUCACAAAACAUUGCUUUAACACGCGCUAUGAUCGCUUCUCCCACAUCUAAACCCAUUGACUCACCAUCUGAAGAUAUAGAUGUAACGGGCAGUGAUAAAAUAUCUAUACAUGUUCCAUCCAGCCCAAGCAUCAGCGUAGACUCGUUCAAUGAUGGCAGUAAUACAAGGGAAACUAUAAGGACAGACAACAGUGAAACCAUGAGCAGCUUGCCACCAUCAGAUGCAAAAUCACCUUUAAAGACAACUAAAUUAAACUCAGCCAAAUUGUCAGGAAAGAGUCCAGGAAUUUCACCAAAACAAUUAGAUGUGCCAAAGGGAAGUAAGAGGCCUAGUAAUAAGAGUAACAGAAGUCAAAGAGGCCGUGGUCGAUCAAAAAGCCGUGGCCAAGGUGUGCAGAAUUUCCCAGCAUCUCAUUACAAUUUAGGAAACUCGAUUCAUAGCAAACUGGUUGGAACAGUAUACGACUUUGAAGAGGAAAUAGCCAAUGACGGUGUCGAUCUAAAAGCCUUAAGAGAAAGACGAAAAUCAAUAGACGUAAAAGAUGAACGCAAAUCUGAACAUAGUUUCAAAGAUUCGUCGCAAUCGCCACCUGUUGUAACUCCACAACCGCUGUCAGUUGAAAUUAAAAAUGUUAAAUCUCCAUCACCUGAACCUAAGGAGGAAUCGAAAUCUCCUGUAAACAAAAAUAAUUCGGACCAUUCUAAUUUCACACAAGUUCAACCAGUGUUACCAGGACCAGUUGACAUGCGUACAUACAAUGCUUUAGAAAUUCAACCUCCGGCAACUAAUGAUGUCUAUCAUAGCCAUCUAUUGGCUUUCGCAAGCGGAACAGCUGAUCAACAAUUGGCUGAAAUCGACGAGGAAGUUGAAAAGCAACUACAUACAGCACUUAAAAUGGCAAGUAACCAAGAACCAGAAUCUGUACUAACUGAACCUAUUCCACAAGCAAACAAUACCAGUAAAGAUAUCUUUAUACCGCAGUUGCCGAAAGUAUCUCUGUCUGAUUCUAGAAAUCAGCUCAAAGUAAAAAUAAAAGGUCCAUUUCUGGAUGCUAACUAUUCAACCAGUUCAGCCCCACCAGCGGUUCCAAAACCUCCCGCACCAGUUCACGAUCCGAAUUCGAGCUUAUUAAAUCUAUCCACUGGCUCAGUGUCAUCUACAGGAUCUACAAACUUGCGACGAAUGCGUAAAAAAGAGCUGUUACGUCAGUAUUGGACUCAGGAUAUGAAUAUGGAUGAUCCUACAAAUACCACCAGUGUGGGAAUAGUACCACCUCCGGUAGCGCCACAACCGUUGGCCCGAGCUGUUAUCACAAUUCCUAAAGCUGUAGCAUCUAUGACAAGUAUACCGACCAGGGAAGAUUAUAAAAUGACUGAAACGACAGUUGAAAAGAAAAAGCGAAAGAGCAGUGCUUUAUCCCGGGAGUUACGACAACUUAACAGUGACAUCGACUUGUCAGAUAAUGUAAAAUUAUCAAAAUUCGUUGCGGGCUUAGGGCAGUAUCCAAAAAGGCGAACUCGCAUAGCGCCUUCAAAACCUAGUCCACCAUCGCCGGAUGAAAUGUCUCCAGUAGCGCCAAAGCUCAAAAUAAAGAUCGGUUCUAAUGUAGUGCAACCUGUAAUAGAAGAUUCGUCGAAUUGUCAAUUCCGCCCCCCGAAGAAGCGCCUUCAAUCACAAAUAAUGCCCAAACCGAGUAUGGAAGACUUGAAGCGGGAAAGCAUGAUUUACCGGCGAAUGGUGAUGGCUGAUUUCGAAGAAGACAAAAAGCCCAAGAAACCUAAAAAGGAUAAAAGUAAGAAGAAGAAAGAUAAAAAGGCAGACAAGGAUAAGUUGUUAGUGGUGAACAGUGAUAGUGAAAGUGCUACUAAGUUAAUAAUAAAAAUUAAACGGCAAAAAGAGGAAGAUGAAAGGGGGGGAGAGGAGAGUAACCUGGCGAACGCUGCGGCAGCAGCGCCUGAGCCGGCCGUCGACCCUUUCGACUACGACCCCACCGCCCCCGACCCGCUCGCUAUAGACACUCCUUUCUGUGAAUCCUCUUCCGCGUUGCGCAGAAUACGAACUGAAAAAGUGACGCCGAUCCGUUUAAAACGUAGUUCGCAAGGUUCCGGAUAUGUAAUGAAAAAGGCGCGAUUGGAGAAAGAGGCGGCAGAGGCCAAAUGCUCCGCUACGGCUCCCGCCCUGCCUUCCACCGCCCUCGAUGAUAACUGUACUGUGAGGCUCACCUAUAGGGUGAUUAGGGUUUGCGCGCAUGCGCGGUAUCUGCUUCGACUGGGCGAUGAGCAAAGGCGGCAGAACACGGUCACGCUUGCGUGGGUCUCCAUCGAUCCGAAUUGCUUCGCGUUCUUACCGUGGUCCGCCACCACGGCGAAUCACACCAUGCAACCUCCUCCGAGAAAGAGUAACUAUACGAAGUUUCUGAAAAAUUUACACUCUGAACAAAUCGCAAAGCUACACGCUAAAAAUCAACAUGAGUGCGAUUUGCUCGAAGAUCUUCGCAGCUACACGAUCAAGAGAUCGGCCAUUGAGAAAUCGUAUUCCGAGGCGUUACUGAAAAUAUCUUCUGCAUAUCUAAACAAGAAGAUACCCAACAUACCCGAUAUAAAAGUCGACGGUGCGGAAGAAAAAUGGAAUAUGUGGAACGUCUGGCGAACGGUUCUAGAAGAGAACGAGAAGCUCGCACGGGCACGUCUCGCGGCUGUCGAAGUGUUUCAGCAACAGAUUGCUGACGAAGCCAAAGUUUUGAAACAGCAUAAAAUGAACGUCGCAAAAAAGAGCACAGAUUUAUUAGCUCAAGCACAUAAAGAACUUCAGUUAACCGUUCUCGACGUUGACAAAACCAAGAAGCUCUACUUUGACGAAGAACACACCGCUCAUGACGUCAGAGAUAAGGCAAAAGAUAUCGAAGAGAAGUUAAAGAAGAAAAAGGGAUCGUUUUUCCAGUCUAUAACUUCUCUGCAAAAAAACAGUGCAAAGGUCUCAUCACGCCGCGACCAACUCGAAGAGAAAUCUACCGGCGCAAGAAACGAUUACCUCUUGAGCAUUGCCGCAGCGAACGCCCAUCAGAACCGUUACUUCUUGGUCGAGCUGCAAUCCUGCAUGCAAAGUAUGGAGGCGUCUGUCUACGAGAAGGUGUCAGAAUUUUUGACAUUAAUGGGACGCACUGAGCUAUUAACGUGCUCAGCCACUCAACAUUCGUUUGGUAAAAUCCGUGACCAGGCGCAACAAUUGACGAGAGAGUACAAUUUGCAAUGCCUGUACUUAUACUACCCAGUUUUGAAGCAGCACAUUCAGUACGAAUUCGAGGCGUGCGACAACGACCCAGUUGACACCGUUACAAUGGAACACGACACGGUCGCACAAACAUUAGCCCAAGAAGCUCGUCGUUGGGCGACCAGAGUCGUAAGAGAGACGGCUCUCGUGAGAGACGCCACCCGAAAAUUGCAUCUUUACCAAGCUAUGAGGGACGCUGGCCAGAAGGUGGAUCCCAAUGACCCCAAUGGUCCAGAAUUGGAUGUACGCAUGGAUGAACUUCGCACAAAUAUAAGACGUUCAGAGACUUCAAAAGCUAAAUAUGAAGCGAGAUUGGAAUGUUUGAGAAACGGGGGUGCACCGGUUGAUGAGUGGCUGAAGGAAGUGGAUCUACUGGCAGUGCAGGAGACUCUACCCAGAAGUAGCAGUUUGGUCAGCGUUCGAACUGAUGCUUCGGGUGCAGCUGAUCAGCCCAGUUCAGAUUCGUUUUACGACAGUGAUAAUACCGAAGGAGAGGCAGCAACCACUUCCGCUGUGGCCACUACGUCAGGGCACCAGAGAACAACUUCCGGAUCGCAGCAUGAAGAUGAACAAGAUGAUGAUGAAGAUGCGGAAUUAGAGGAAGAUCGUAUGCGCAUUGAACAACUCACCGUUGGAUGGGACGACCCCACUCAGGUGAAUUGGGGCGAGCCAGAAACAGAAACGACUGCACCAACUUCGGAACCGGCUACUGAGGCACCAGCUGCCCCCCUUUACAAAUGCACGGCUUUAUAUUCUUACACUGCCCAAAAUCCAGACGAGUUAUCCAUAAUUGAAAAUGAGCAACUGGAGGUAGUAGGUGAGGGUGAUGGUGACGGCUGGCUUCGGGCGCGAAAUUACAGAGGUGAAGAAGGCUACGUACCGCACAACUACCUGGACAUUGACAGAGAACAGCCAUCUAGCACUCCGGGCUUGGUGACACAGAUUUCCUUCUCCUCCGUUGAUUACACCGUCGAGGGUGAAGACGCGGAUGUAGUACAGUCACCCGACCAGAUUUCCGUAAUAUCAGCACCAGUUGCGAAGCCCGAGGAGAAAGUGCAAGAAAAAGUUGAUGAGCCACCGACUGAGUCACUGCCAACUCUAGGAUACUGCUUUGCACUAUACGAUUAUGACGCGGAGGCAUCUGAUGAACUCAACCUCGAGGAAGGCCAGAUUAUUCGUAUCGUGUCUCGCGAAGCUCACGAAGUGGAUGACGGAUGGUGGCGUGGCGAAGUCAACGGUGCCAUCGGAAACUUCCCGUCGCUUAUCGUCGAAGAAUGCGAUGAAAACGGCGAGCCAUUAAGCGGUGCAGACGAAGACUGGACACCACCCGACUCAGCAGCACCAGUCUUCGCCUCUCCACCCGGCUCACCAGGAGGUUUCAACGAUGACCGUAAGACCCUAAAUUCACUCUCUUUCCUCUCUGCACUAGUCUCUCGUACCUUGACAACUUCUUUCUUCUUGUUACAUUAA